GCGCUUGAGCCGCUGGGUGUGCUCUGAACGCAAAGUACGGCAACAAAAUACCGAUAAGGUAAGUCCAGACCCGAUCAGCUAUGAGUCAAAUUCAAUACAUUCAAGCGCAAGGCUUGCGCCAUCGCGGCCGGGAAAGACGCUUUUGAUGAUAAUCGCUUCCACCGCCCGGCUCGUUGAACUCUUGGAUUCUUUUCUUCCCUCCCCGACAGGACGAUACAAAGAUGCUCUCAAACUCCUCGGUGUCUCUGAUAGUGGGCGCAAUUAGCGCCUUGUUGGCGAGUCUGCUAAUUGUUCCUGCAGUCAAGAGCAUCGUUGCGCGUGGUAGCUAUACAGCAUUGGAGCAGGAUGAAUCUCUCGUCGCAAAGAUCGUAUAUCGUGAUGAGGACGGUCAUGCCACGGGGGAGUCUCUACGCAAAUUUUCCGACAGGUGGCAGCGUGUCGCUCUCGUCAUGUUCUCGAUAACUGGGAUCCUCGCGACACUGGGACUCGGGACACUCACAACGGUGAGAGAUGACGCGAGUAACGCGGUGCUCGCAUGGUUUCAGUUUGCCAUUUGGAUAUUACUGUGCCUGCAGGGGGCCACCUUCUUCAUCGAGCGGAGACCGACGGUUCGAUACACGCUUGGAAAAUUCGCCUUCUUGGGUAGCGUGGUGGCGAUUGCUCUCACCGGUUUCCAUAUACACCGUUAUUGCUUGCUCCGUAGGAGCUCUUCUCACGACAAAUUAUGGCUUAGUCUGGUCUCCGUUCAGCUCGCAAGCGCCUUUCUCCGAGGAAUGUGCAGCAUUCUGCUCCCGCGUCGCCCAGAUGUGUUCCACGAGGGAUCUUUAGUCGACGGGGAACUCACAGUGACCGCGUUAAGCCGCUUGUCAUUCUCUUGGGCGACUGGCCUACUCAACCACACGGCCAAGAACCGCAUGCUGGCUCUCACCGAUUUACCCAAACUCCGAUCUGAGACACGUGCAGACAGUCUCCACCGAAACCUUGAACGAGCUAAGCACUCUCGCAAGACGUGGAAGGCUAUCGUCGUGGCGCAUUGGACAGCGAUCAUCUCGACAAUCAUGCUCACAUUGGUAGUUAGUGUGUUAAGCAUCGGACCGCAGAUAGCGCUAUUCAACAUCCUAGGUGCACUUGAAAAUCGUGGAAGAGGCGACUGGGACGUUAUGCGAGCGGCAUCCUGGGUCAUGGGCCUAGGAGCACUGAUGCUGCUAUAUUCAGUGGUUGAGGCAUGGCUCCUAUGGGUGGUAACUUCCAGGCUGUUGGUCCCUAUCUAUGCUGAGCUUUCAGCCCUCGUCUUUGCCAAGUCGAUGCGCCGAAAGGAUGUCAAGCACAUUCACAAGUCCAAGGUUAGUGUCGAUUCCGAAGAUUCGGCACAGGGCCAUUCUGUCGCCAAGGAAGAUGAAGAGUCAGACGACGAAGCCUCAGUCAAGAAGACACGACAAAGUAUCAUCAAUCUUGCAGCCGUGGACGGCAGACGUAUCACCCAAUUUACUACUUUCGCUUAUCUUCUUCCUUCCUCUAUCUUCAAGCUUGUUCUCGGGUGCGGCUUUUUGAUCAAGAUCCUUGGCUGGCGCAGUGCUUUGUCCGGUAUCGCAGUUUCUGUCUUGAUCACUCCUCUGAACUCCUUCGCAGCAAAACGGUACACUGGCGCACAGGUCAAGCUAAUGAAACUAAGAGAUCAGAAGCUGGCCAUUGUGACGGAAGUACUUCAGGGCAUUCGCCAGGUCAAGUUCUCGGGCUUGGAAGGACAGUGGGAGAACCGUAUCCAGGAGGCACGAGAGAAAGAGCUACACGCCUUGUGGACAUCCUUUCUUUUCGAUGUCAUUCUAAUGGCAAUUUGGGUGCUGGGCCCGAUCGGCCUCUCGGCCAUCUCACUGACUGUGUAUGCGACGCUCCACGGUGGGCUUUCUGCUUCAGUUGCGUUCACCGCAAUGUCUGUCUUUAGUUCGCUCGAACUCUCCCUUGCUAUCUUACCGGAGAUCAUCUCCAAUGGGCUGGAGGCUAAAGUCAGUGCAGACCGAAUUGAUACCUAUAUGGCUUCCCCUGAACGAGUGAUCAACACUACCCCUGCCGACGAAAUUAGCUUCGAGGACGCAUCAGUGGCAUGGCCGAUCGAGCAGGAACCGGGAACUGAAGCGGAAGAUGAUCGCUUUGUACUACGCGAUCUUAAUAUUCACUUUCCGAAACAGGGCCUCAGUAUUAUAUCCGGUCGUACGGGCUCCGGCAAGAGUCUGCUUCUGUCUUCGAUCCUCGGUGAAAGCGACUUGAUUAAAGGUACUGUGAGAGUGCCAGUUCCACCUAAAGUGGAAGAUCGAUUCGAUCAUUCCGCAACUAAUGCCAAUUGGAUCCUUGAUUCGGCCAUUGCAUAUGUUGCCCAGAUUCCUUGGAUCGAGAACGCUACGAUCAAAGAUAAUAUUCUGUUCGGGCUUCCUUGUGACCAAGAGCGAUAUUCACAGACUAUCUCGGCCUGCGCUUUGAAUAAGGACUUGGAAAUGUUACCGGAUGGUGAUAUGACCGAUAUUGGAGCCAAUGGUGUUAAUUUGAGUGGUGGCCAGCGGUGGCGUAUCUCCUUCGCACGCGCCUUGUAUUCUCGCGCGGGAAUCCUUAUUUUGGAUGAUAUUUUCAGCGCCUUAGAUGCCCAUACGGGGCGUCAUGUCUACGACCACGCAUUGACGGGCGAGCUUGGGUAUGAGCGAACGCGAAUUUUGGUCACGCAUCAUGUUGCGUUGUGCCUGCCUCAGGCGGACUACUGGGUUGAGUUAGAAGACGGACGGAUUAGACAUGCCGGCCCUGUCGCGCAGGCAGAGAGGCCAAAUCAACCACAAGCCCCUCUUUUUGGGACGACAGGCGAUGAUGAUACCACGGUCAUGGACGAAGAAACGGUCGAAGAGGUGAUAUCACAUACCCCCCACCGGCGUUUGAAUACGUCUCCCGGCGAAGCAGUCAUGAAGACGACUUCACCUAAGAAGUUUGUCGAGGAUGAGAAACGGGAGAUUGGCUCAGUCCAGCUUUCGGUUUACACAACCUAUAUCUCUAUGGGUGGACAUGGACUUCGAUGGUAUAUGACGGUUAUCGCAUUUCUGGGUUACACCUCACUUAUGGUCGGAAGGGCGUGGUGGAUAAACAUUUGGACCGACUCAUCAUCGAAGACUCCUGCCAGUUUCGAGCAGCACAGCCUUUUUCUCCUGCAACGACCCAUAGCACAAAUGGACUCAAGCGCACCGGAGUCCGAGCUCAGCAUGUACUUAUCAGUCUACAUAGCAUUCAGCAUACUUGCGUGCAUUAUGGGUACCGUUCGGUUCUAUCUCAUUCUCUCUACCAGUGUUCGCGCUGCCAGAAAUCUUUUCAAUCGCCUGACGUAUGCUGUCCUGCGGGCUCCAUUGCGAUGGCUUGAUACUGUGCCUCUGGGUCGAAUCCUCAAUCGAUUUACUUCCGACUUCAAUUCGAUUGAUUCAACUAUCGGCUACCAGCUCGGCUUCACGGCCUCGCAAAUGCUCAAUGUCUGUGGCAUUGUGCUCGCGGGCGUCCUCGUCUCACCUUUUGUAAUCAUUCUCGCUUUUGUCCUCCUGACCGUCUGCCUUGGCUUGGCCUUGAAGUAUUUAGCCGGAGCGCGAGAGGUCAAACGCUUGGAGAGUACCGCAAAAAGCCCAAUAUUCGAGCAUUUUGGUUCAAGUCUCGCGGGGCUGGUCACUAUCCGAGCAUUUAGCAAAAGCGAUGCAUACACGAGCAUGAUCUACAACAGAAUCAACGCCCAUGCGCAAGCCUGGUGGGCGAUGCUAUUGUUUAACCGCUGGCUUAGCUUUCGCAUGAACCUGGUUGGGGCUCUCUUUGCGACAUUGACUGCAGCAGUUAUUCUUAGCUUGCCAAACAUCUCAGCUUCGCUGGCUGGAUUUGCACUUAGCUUCUCUCUGCUAUUCAACAGUGCCAUCGCGAUGGCCUUGCGGAACUACACAGACGUCGAACUCAGUAUGAAUGCGACAGAGCGGGUGAUUGAAUACUCGAACAUCGAACUCGAGAAUCAGGGCGGAGUUAAUCCCCCUGCGUCGUGGCCCACGGAAGGUCGCUUAGAGGUGCAGGAUCUAGUGGUGGGAUACGCACCUGAUCUGCCCCCAGUUCUCAAGGGACUUAGCUUCAAUGUUGAGAAGAAUCAAAGGGUUGGCGUCGUCGGCCGUACUGGUGCUGGCAAGUCGUCUUUAACCCUGGCACUUUUUCGAAUCCUGGAGGCACGCGAGGGCCAGGUCCUGAUCGACGGGCUUGAUAUCGCUAAGCUUACCCUUCACAGCUUGCGUAGCCGACUAGCCAUCAUCCCACAAGACCCAGUUCUAUUUUCAGGCACUGUGCGCUUCAAUCUUGAUCCUUUCGAGGAGUAUACUGAUGCGGAACUAUACGACGCACUGGGGCGGGUCCAUCUUAUCUCCGAGGCAAACAAUGAGGCCAUUUUGGCUGACGGAGCCCCGACCUCUACCCAGCGGAAAAACACAAAUAUCUUUACCUCUUUGAAUGCUCCUAUUUCUGAAGGCGGGCUGAACCUCUCUCAAGGUCAACGUCAACUCCUUUGCCUCGCUCGCGCGAUAGUCUCACGCCCGAAAAUCAUGUUUCUAGACGAAGCAACUUCGGCGGUAGACAUGGAGACAGACGCUUUGAUCCAGCGGUCGAUCCGUGCGGAGUUUGGUCGCAAUAAUACCACACUGCUAGUGAUUGCCCAUCGACUGAGUACCAUCGCGGAUUUCGAUCGCAUUUUGGUGAUGGAUGACGGACGAGCAGUGGAGUUUGGAGCACCGAGUGAGCUACUAGGCAUCAAGGACGGGGUGUUCCGGAGCUUGGUCGAAAAUAGUGGAGAGAGGGAAUUAUUGGAGAAGGUUAUCUUAGGGGACAGUUGAGCUGUACAGUUAGAACUAAGACCCUACGAAGCCUAUAAUACGGAUUUAUUCUGCUUACUUCAGUUUUCAAAGAG